AGUGAUGGGACACAAGACUCCAAGUCUGGGUCGUCUUCUGCUCCUAGCUACACAAUCGAUAGCAUAUUUCCCUCUUCUGCACGUCAUGCAUAUACCAGUGCCUACUCACACUAUUAAUUGACAUAUACAGCUGGAUAUGAUCAACUUGUCGAUGUCGACCCCUUGCCCAGUGAUUAAUCAGUACUCUUAACAGAACUAAAUAGGAUAUCAAGUCCCUAGUGCAUCUGUGGAUUUUUCAUGGGGAACCUUGGUGCAUUUCAUCGUUCUAUUACUUUACAAUCCUUGAAUGUUUUCUCCCUCCUUGCAGUUUUUGCCGCAAAUCAUCCCGAAGGUGGAGAUGAUGGGUGCUCACCAGUCAUUUGUUUCGGAAGCAAUCGUGUAUUGCUUUCUCUCGAAGUUUUAUUCCCUUAUUGCCAAAGUUCUUGUUGUGUCCCUUCACCCUCUUUUCACCCCGAGCGUUUCAAAUUCUUUCUUGUCUUUCAUGCCUUCUUUCAAGUUUUUCAAACUCCCAAGGUCCUUUGGUAUCACUUCUUUGUCAAAGAAGCAACUUAUAGCUAAAGCUCUUCUUCUUUUUUUCUUUCUGAAUCUUGUGGCGAGACUCUUUUAAGUUGGGGAGAGUUGUGUCAGCCCGAGAGCCGUAAUCCCUUUUGUUUUUGUUCCUUGUAUUUUUGUAUUUUGACUGAAGUUGAGUCUAGCAUGAUUUAAGAUUCCAUCGUGGGGACGUUCUCUUGACCAACCUAAUAGUUUAGUUGCGGCAUCAACCUUUCAAUGGAAGGAUCUCAUGUUCAGUAUGAUGCAAGGACUAUUUGUUAGUGGUGUAAUCAAUGUGGACUGCGAAGAUUCAUACACGAACCCUCUUUCCCCUUCUCAUCCUGGAUCACGGGAUGAGAACGUCCCAGAACUUUUCCCAAUUUAAAGUUUGAUUUAAUUAAUUAAAUAAUUUAACUUGAAUGUUUUAUUUUGUCACUUUGUUAAAUGGUGAAUAUGUAAACCGACUUCUCUCUUGCGAUGCUCUAGAUCGAGACUUAACCCCGAACAUCAGACACGACCUCGUUGUGAUAUUUGGGAAGUACCCAAAUUAUUUUGUAACAUUUGCACAAGCAUAGCUGUCACCAUUAUGCAAACCGUUCAUUUAUUUAAAGUAUAUAUCUCAAACGAUCUGAUAUAGCUGGGAUGAUUUGUAUAAAGAGACAAGAACAUGGGUUACAGGUUCAGUUGGUAAGGUGAUCCUCAGGAGUGCGGCGUUCAAGCAUACGAGCUGAGUUGUAUCAGUAGCAAGGUUACAAUUCACAUCAACAGAUACAUACUAUGUGACUACCAUCAACUACCCGGCUUCUACUUUUGGGCCAUGGAUCCCACCUUCAACACCAGUAGCAGCUGCCGUCUUCUUCGCUUGAUGCAGAGGCCGGGGGUAAUCCUCCUUUUCGAGAAAAAAACUGCCUUCUUCCACUGUGGAAUCAUGUUCUUAUUACUUUGGUUACUACAGCGGAAUUGAUUCUGUUUCCCCACCUGGAUUUCGGUAUUUGGUCCCUGAAAGCUACGGCCACGGCGGAAUUGAGUUUGUUUCAUCACCUGGCUUAUUCUCAUCAUGCUGCCAGACAUAGCGGCUGCGGCCACGGCCACGGUCGAACUGGCCAGCGCCUGAGGAUGAGAGCUCUUGUGGUUUUAGUGUGAUUGCAGACUUGGUUCAGUCCACUGUCCAGUCUAUUGGCAGUGGGUUGAAUCAAGUCCGCAAUCAGACUAAAGCCACAGGUUCAGUCCACUGUCUACUGUCCAGUCUAUGGGCAGCUGUCAGCCUGUCACAAUGUGGAAAAUCUAGCCUACAACGCGGAGUAUCUCUGGAAAAAAUGACGGGACAGAAGACUCCAAGACUGGGUCGUCUUCUGCUCCUAGAUACACAAUUGAGAGAAUAUCUUCCUAUUUCGCACGUCGUGUAUAUACCAAUGAAGUUAUAAUCAGUAUCCCAAGUUCCCAGCCACACUAUUAAUUGGUAUAUGCAGCUGGAUAUGAUCAACUAGUCGAUAUCGACCCCUUGCCCUCCUUGGUAGUCUUAACAGAACAAACUAGGAUAUCAUGUCCCUAGUGCAUCUGUGAAGCUUUCAUGGGGAACCCUGGUGCAUUUCAUCAUUCCAUUACCCUACAAUCCUUCACUGUCUUCUCCCUUGUUGCUGUUUUUGUAGCAGAUCAUCAUGUCCAGGGAGGAGAUGAUGGAUGCUCACUUUUCUCCUGUGGACAUCUCCGAGACAUAUCAUAUCCUUUCCGUCGGCGAGGUGAUCCUCGUGAGUGCGGUGUUGAAGAAUACGAGCUGGGUUGCACCAGUAGCAAGGCUACGAUUCGCAUCAACACAGGAACAUACUAUGUGACUGCCAUCAACUACACUGGUUCCUACUUCUGGGUCAUGGAUCCUAACUUCAAUACCAGUAGCAGCUGCCCUCAUCCACUGUGGAAUCAUGUUCCUUACGUUGCAGACUACGGAAUUGGUUCAAUUUCACCACAUGGCUUUCGGUAUUUGGCCACUCAAAGUUAUGACAGAGCAUGUUUUGCUAAUUGUUCAAGAGCAGUAAUGAAUAAAAGUGCAUACAAGCCUGUUGCUUGCCAGAGUGCCAAAAAUUCACAUGUUUAUGUCUGGGUGUCUAAUUACGCACAUUGUGCGGUUGAAGAUCUUGAACCUUACUGUGGAUACCUGGGAGAGAUUCCAUUUGGUGACGAGUACUCCUCUGAUUGGGGACAGCUACAGAAUGCAAGUUAUGCAGAUAUCACACAAUUCAUAAGUAAGGGGUUUACUGUCAAAUUUCCUGUGGAUGCCAAUGCCAGGAAGGCUUCUGUCUUUAGGACCAUCAAUUUAUGCCGCAACAAUACAAUCAGCUACUUCAAGGAGCAAAUAUCUGAUGCAAGCAUCGUGAGUUGGACUCGUGCUUUCUUCUGGAGUGAGAUGCACUUCUAUCAAUGUGUGACUUAUAAAUCCAACAAUCCCUACUAUACAACACAAUCAAUUUUGGUUGUUAUAGCCAUAUUAUCUGCUAUUGCUAUCCCCAAGUUCCUUUUCGUACUAUGCAGGUUCUUGUUGGCACUCCUGGCUGUGUGGAUAUUCCUAGCCUACAAGUACAUGAAAACAAGGAUCAUAAUUGAUGCAGUUGAGAAGUUCCUCAGGAUUCAACAAAUGAUUGGCCCCAUGAGGUACUCCUACACAGAUAUAGUUGCAGUCACAAGCCAUUUCAGAGAUAAAUUGGGCCAAGGGGGCUACGGCUCCGUGUACAAGGGCGUGCUACUUCCAGGUGAUGUCCAUGUUGCUGUGAAGAUGCUAGAGGGCAACUCAAACUGCAAUGGAGAAGAUUUCAUUAGCGAGGUUUCCACCAUCGGCAGGAUCCACCACAUCAACGUGGUGCGUUUAGUGGGGUUCUGCUCGGAGGAAAUGAGAAGGGCCCUAGUCUACGAGUACAUGCCCCAUGGUUCUCUGGACAAGUACAUCUUCUCUGUUGAGAAGAGCUUCUCUUGGGACAAGCUCAACGAGAUCGCUCUAGGCAUUGCCAGGGGGGUCAACUACCUACACCAGGGGUGCGACAUGCAGAUUCUGCACUUUGACAUCAAGCCGCACAACAUCCUUCUCGACAGCAAUUUCGUCCCAAAGGUCGCCGAUUUCGGGCUCGCCAAACUGUACCCGAGGGGCGACAGUUUCGUGCCACUGAGCGCCAUGCGGGGAACCGUCGGUUACAUAGCACCUGAGAUGAUAUCCCGGAGCUUCGGCGUCAUAUCCAGCAAGUCCGAUGUGUACAGCUUCGGGAUGUUGCUGCUGGAGAUGGCCGGUGGGAGAAGAAAUGCUGAUCCAAACAUGGGGUCCUCAAGCCAGGCGUACUACCCUUCAUGGGUGUACGACCGGCUGACUCGGGAAGAAGCAGGCGAGAUAUCUGUUGUUGCUGCUGACAUGCAUGAGCUGGAGAAGAAGCUAUGCAUUGUCGGAUUGUGGUGUAUUCAGAUGAGAUCUCGUGAUCGGCCGACGAUGAGCGAGGUCAUCGAGAUCCUGGAGGCUGGGGCUGACGGCCUACAGAUGCCUUCGAGGCCGUUUUUCUGCGACGAAGGGCACAUCCAUGUGGAGGACUCUUACCAGUUCGCUUCCGAGCUGUCGGCGGUCUCGGAGGAGGAAUUGAGUGUGGUGUCAGAGGAAGACGACGUGUGAGGUAUAUAUACAAUAUGUGCGUGUAUAUGUAUGUAUCAUGGAGUGAUGCGCUUAUUUGUAAAGGUAAUGGUUGUAACAGUACCAACCCAGUAUAAAUGCUUUGUACAAACUGCCUUGCUUGCUGUGCAGACCAACUUCAAAUAAGUUUGAAAUCUUACACCAUCUAUUUGCUUGUUCGUUACUC